GCAACAAACACCAGUUAGCUGUCAAAUUAGCAACAACUCAGAACAAUCGUGUUGUUUUUAAUCAGAUUCUAAUGUUCAUCCAGCGAAAUUUAUUAUAAAAUUUUGCUCUAAGUACUCGUGUCUAUUCAAACCAAAAACAUGGCAACUCAAAUGAGCAUCGACCAACUGGACAAGGAUCAAAUCAAAUCGUUCUCCGACUUUCUGCUUUCCUACAACAAACUCUCGGAGCUGUGCUUCGUGGACUGCGUUAGCGAAUUUACCGGUCGAACCGUCUCGGAUAAGGAGGAUAAAUGUUCACUCAACUGUAUGGAAAAGUUUCUCAAGAUGAACCAGCGAAUUUCGCAGCGCUUCCAGGAGUUUCAAAUGUUGGCUAACGAAAAUGCACUCGCCGCAGCCCAGAAGCUGGGGGCGAAAUAAUCAGCAUGCUUACGUACUGUACACUAUUUGAUUGUAAUAUUUCGUUAUAGUAAUAUUAAUCCGAAUACAGUCUCGGGAUAAGAUCUAGAGCAAAGUUGAAA